CAUCUUUAGGGUGUUAUUAAAUGUGAACAAAAACCGAAAAAGCUAUCAAUAAUCUGCAUUAGUGUUUAUUUAUGCAUUUUUUAAGUAUUUGUAAGUGUAAAGAUGAAGAUUUGUGAUUUGCAUAACAAUAGAGCCACAGCAAUAUGUGCUGAAGGCAGAGCCUCAGUAAUGGACUCAUUUUUGCAACCGCAAUUAAGAAGCCAAUUCGCUGAUGAAGUGAAACAAAAGCAGGCCAUUACAAAUCAGCUAAUCAACAAAAUUCUCUACUCCAAGCGUUUGCUUGUCGACCAUGUAGAAGCUUUGGAACAGUGUUUGCGGCAUGUAAAGCAGCCAGAUCAGACAGAUUCAAGCAGCGCCGGCACUGCUGCCAUAACCGGUGAAAAUGUCAGACACAUGAAGUCAAAUGGAGAAAUAUUUACUGCGCGCAAUACCUGCAUAUUGUUAGGUACCACCAUACUGGAACAUUUCGUUACGCCAAAAACGUUACGAUUAACAUUGGUGCCGUCAUUACUGCUGACAGCAGGAUUUAGUGCUAUUUACAUGGUUAAAAAUAUAUUUAUUUUUCGUAAUAAGAUUGUCGAGAGUGAGUUGAACAGCUUGAUACGCACAAUUGACGAAUUCGGGAAUUGCAUACGCCGCAAUAUGACUUAUUUCAAUGAAAUACUAAUUAUGAAGCAACAGGAGUUGAUCGAAUCUCGUCAAAUAGAGCGGGCCUGGGACUGCAUCACAUCCGCAAAGGAAGUCACAGAGAUAUUGUACGAUGCAACACGCAAAUUGGAAGCGCAGUAUCCCUUGCCUGCGCGCUUCUCACAGUAUUACUCACCCAUGGAGGAGUUGCGUGAAUGUGAAUAUUUCAAAAACAACGUCACCGAUUAUAGUCCAAAGCACAUCAAAGAUUUCCACAACAUAUUUGCAUAUGUGCAAUCACAAUUCUUGCUACGCCUUGCCUUUACGCUCUCAACAAAGCCUUCGAUUAGCGAGCUAAACGCUGAGUUGGUUAAAGUCGAUUGUCUUAUUCAGCAACUAGUACAGGAAGAAGAGAAUCACUUCAAAAAUUUGGCUAUUGAACUGAACAAAAAGAAGCAGCUAGAAUUAGAAGCGUUAAAUGCAACUAAGGUGAUGCAAAAUCGCAGCAGUCCCGUCGCGGUGCUGCAAGACUCUUCGCUCAAACUAAGCGCUUGCAUGGUAGCUGUUGCUGGCGAAUGCCAAGCGCUGGAUAUAACAUUGCAGCGGCUCACUGAAGCUGAAGCAGAACAAAAAGACAAUGCCAAGCAGCUACUGCAAGUAGCGAAUAAUAUGCGCACCAUCGAAAGCGCUUUAUCCGUGUGCUUUGACGACUUCCAACGGCUUAUGUUGGUAUACAAUAAAUUUUUGAAUAGCAAAUUAAACAAUCAAGAAAAAUCAACUGCGCUCGUAGACGGUGAAAAAACGGAUGCGGCCAGUGAUGAUUAUCCUGAAAGCUUUUUGCGUGUCGAAAUUUCACCAAAUCCUAAUGAUGCAGACAAGCGUGAUGACUUUUAUGCUUAUAUGUACGAUGAACAACAGGCGCAGGCUGAGAAAGAGCAACAACAAGCUGAGGCAACAGCACAAAGGGACUGCGACAUGGAGAUUCUCAACUUUGAAAAACGCAUAACCAAAGGAAAAUUUCGUCCGGUAUUAAAACAAUUGAAGGAUCGUAUUGAUCCAAUACGAAAUGAAAUGCUAGAGAAAGAACGUCAAGUACUAGCCGCCAAAGGUAUUAACGUUGAUGACUUCUUUGGCAAAAAAGAUAAUACAACGGAUUUAUUAGAGGCAGAUAAGAAAGCAGAAAAAGCAAACAACACUAAUAUGGAACAAAAUGAUGAUAGCGAUAGCGAGGGAUCAGCUGAUUUAGAGUUUCAACGCAGCAAUAAGAAAUUGAAAGAGCGUGAUAACUUUGCUGAAAUGCGCAAUUUUCUGGCACAAAAGCAAGCAAUCAAUAUAUUUAACUUGGAUGACACAGCACCAAGAACAACAAUGGGUGAUGAAGAAAUAUUGGAGAGUGAAUGUUAGGUGGGAAAUAUAUAGGGUUGGGCGUAGUGCACUAAAAUAAUUAAUGCAAUAAGCGAACAGUCAAAGCACUGAAAAAUAGUGAUAAUAAAAAACUUAUUUUAACUAUCAUUAAAAAAUUUGUGGUAGUGCAAUUUUUAUGGCAGUGCAAAAUGCGCAACCUUGGAAAUAUAUUUAGGGAGGAGUGGUGAAGGUUGCACAGUGAAACUUAAGUAACUUUGAUUUGAUUUGGCAUGACGUACAACAGUCAUAUAAAAUCAUAAUUAGGAGAUUAUUUUAAUUUGCAAUCUAUCUCAUUUUAUUAUUAUUGCUUUGUUGAUAUUUCUAAAUGUGGGCGCAUGUACGUAUAUUAGGUAACUGCAGCAGUUACUUAUUUUAGUUGUAAAUAUGUACAGUAUGCCUUUGAUUGCUGCAAAAGCAUUGAAAGCAAAACCUUAAUUAAUUGUUAUAUUUCCGAAUUAUUGCAAUAUCCAAAAAUCAUACUACUUCAAAUAUAUGGUAUUUUAAAAAAGUUUCAUUUUGCGCUAGACCUUGCACAAACGCUAGUUUACACCCACACGCAGAAAUACAAAAUUGUAAGCCUAAGAAGGGUUAAUUUUGGUGUGAGAUAAAGAGAAUGCAUAGUAAAAACACCUUUGUAGCAUAAUUUCACAAAAGGAGUUUCAUAUACGCAUUAUAAUUAAUUUAAAAAAUUGGCAGCAAACAAAAAAUUGGCAUUUAGAAAAUUGGCACCAACCAAAAAAGUGUUUAGUUCAUAUAUAUAUGUGCAUAAGUAUGUUUGUAAAUAAUUGUAUAAACCUUACCGAUUCGCUGCCACUUUAUCAUGCUUUUUCGCCUGGUGCGCUUUUAUCUGUAAAAUGAUAGCCUUAACUUAUUGCUCUUAUUGGUGGUUGUUACUUUAUUUAUUAUUUACUUUUAUUUUAAACUUCCAUUGUGCAUUGCAGGUUUCCGCUGCAAGCAUAUAUAGAUAUUUGUGCAUAUAUUUGUAAAUAUAUAUGUGCAUAAUUUAUUUGCAAUAAAAAUGACUGUUGCUAUUUGCUCGGCACUCAACUCUUCCCAUACACUUUUGGGUUCCCAGAGUUGUAAGGAAAAUUUUUGGUUGGAUGUGCAUAUGUAUGUGCAUACAUACUUGUAAAUUCGGGUUGUUGUUGUUGUAAAAAGACAAGCAUUUCUAUAAAUAGCGCAUAUUUCGAAAAUGUUAUAAUAGGUUCAAAAUCGAUUAUCUACUUUUUCGAGCUUAACUCCCAAUCCGUAAUUAAAAAGCGCGAUUACCCAUAAAAAAAUGGCUGCCGAAUUUCAUGAUUAUAAAAUAAUCUUAGAUUAUAAAUAUACUUUUUUCCGUGCAACUCUGUGUUUUCUGUGUAAUCGAUAAUUAUUAUUACGAAUGUAAUGUAAAAACUAAAUAAAAUGGACGUCGGCAAAGAGAAGAAGUUUGUAGGCAUAAUCCUAAUACAAUUUUUGUUCGAUAUUAGGUCUCUUCUAUUCGUCAUUUCCCCGCUCGCUAUCUGUAUGCUUGAUUAACUUGACGAAAAAUUUGCAUACGAAAGUAACAGCAAAGUUAUCGGACAAGAUUCGCCUCUAGCGUGUUUGGCUAUACCUCAUUAAACUGGUAUAACUCACUGUCUUACAAACACUUGUAAUUUAAGCAGCUCUAUUCCCACAUUGCCAUAUAUAUUCAUUUAUACCAGUUGCUUCAUCUAUUCGCCACUUGCUAACGCUUGGCAAAAAGAAGAGGCCUUUUAUUAAUUAUGCAUUCAUAUUGCAGAAAAAAGCUUGUGUUCAAAGACGCUUCGGUCUGUUAUUGCUUAUUAUAAAAUGGCACAUCGAAUUUCGCAUGCGUAUUGCUGCCAUACAUUUUUUGCAGCCUCAAUAGACGUCGCUUACGCAUUUGAUCCAACUGCCUAUUACUAGCAACAAAUUGCGAAAUUAAAUGAACUAACUAAAAUUAACUUCUGUUUGCCUCUAUUCAUAUCGUUGAUAAUAAUUAAACAGACCGAAAACACUGACAUAUUCCACCAAAGUAAUUUCUAUGAAGAAACACCCUUCAAAACAGUUGAAACAGUUGACAGCUGAUUGCCAAUUUUACAGCUAAUCUACCAUAUAUGAACGGAUAGAUUAAUUUUUUUUUAGAUUUAUUGCUAAACACUGCAUAUGUGAACGUACUUUUACUGAAGUGAAGUCGAAUAAAAAUCCGGCCAUACAGCUAACAUCAAGCCAACUACAUCAAACCGGCUAAUGGUGAUAGGUGGAACCCGACAGUCGUGCGAGCGAUUAAAAAUUGUUAAAAUGCUUUCCCACUUUCAUACAUUUUCCAAAGCACAAAUUGCGCAAAAAAGUUGUUAAUUUAAUUUCAAAUUAAAAUUUGUAAACGUAGCAUAAGCUUUGUUCCUACUUUGUUUAAAAAACAAACAACAAAAUAUUUUUUUAGUUAAUAAUUUGAUUAAUUUGAUUGGAUUUUAUCUGAAAUCCUUGAGAGC